UCCUUUUUUGACCAACUUGUUCUUAUCUGCUCAUCUCUCUCUCUCUCUCUCUCUCUCUCUCUCUCUCUCAAUUCGAAUUUCGAGACUCGAGAGUGGAGACUACAGGCACAAAAACGUAAGUCGUUUCUCAUUCUCGAAAACCCACUUGGCUUGGAUGGUUUCAGAGGUUGACACCUUCACGGGAUCAGCGGCUGCUUUCAAUCUAGGGUUUUUUUUUUCAAAAUCCCAACUUUUGACGUCUAUGGAUCUAAAACAUAGCUCGGAGCCUGAAAGACGACUCUUUUAAUCAGUAAAACAGUCGCUCAAGGUCAAGGCUUACCUUUUUUCCUUCUGAUUUCGUCGAUUUCCUUGGUUUGGACAGUGUGAACGGAGGGAAGCAAAAAGAUUCUAGGGUUUCAGUUUUCUUUCAAUUCUGAUUUUUUACGGAAAUAACGGAGCUUGAAAGAUUAGCGUUGUAUUGGGUUCUCCUUGCGCGUUCCUUUUUGGUCAAUUUUUAAUGAUCUACUGAGGAAACUCGGUUUUUUGCGUUAUAAACGACGGAAUCAAGAAAAGGGUUGAAAUCAUAUCAAAGAAAGCUAUUACGAACAUGCAUCCUGAUAUUCGUCGGAGUCAGAGAUUAAGAGAAUCAGCUACCUAUCUUCAUAAACUCCUAUCUGCAACCAGAAAAGUGAAGAAGAACAUAAGAGCCCUUACCUCCAUCCGUUGACUCAAGAUCAAGCAUUGCUCAACCAUGUCAAAGGCCAAUCUCCAAGUGAUUUCAUGUAAAGCUGCUGUGUGUUGGGGAGAAGGGGAAGGUUUGGUGAUUGAAGAGAUCCAAGUGGAACCACCACAGGCAUUAGAAGUUCGUGUUAAGAUGAUUUGUGCUAGUCUUUGCCACACAGACAUACUAUGCUGGACUGGAUAUCCUCUUGCAUUAUUUCCCAGAGUUUUAGGCCAUGAAGGUGCUGGUGUGGUGGAGAGCGUGGGUGAAGGGGUAACAGAGUUGAAAGAAGGUGAUCUUGUUAUUCCAACUUGCAUAGGGGAAUGCAAGGAGUGUGAAAACUGUUGCUCAGGAAAGACAAAUCUAUGCCUCAAUUUUCCUACAUUGUAUCAUGGUCUCAUGCUUGAUAACUCCUCAAGAAUGUCUGUGAAAGGCCAAAGACUCUACCACUUGUUUACCUGCUCAACAUGGUCAGAAUAUACAGUCAUUAAUGUUAAUUAUGUAGUUAAGAUCGAUCCAAGGGUACCUCCACCUCAGGCCAGUUUGCUCUCUUGUGCUUUCUCAACCGGAUUCGGAGCAACUUGGAAGGAAGCAAAGGUGGAAAGGGGAUCGAGCGUCGCAGUUUUUGGUCUUGGAAGUGUUGGAUUAGGAGUUGUAGAGGGAGCAAGAAUAAGAGGAGCAAGUAAAAUCAUUGGAGUAGAUUUGAAUGAAAAGAAGAGGGAGACAGGGGAAGUUUUUGGAAUGACAGAUUUCAUCGAACCAGGAGCAUCUGAUAAAUCUGUUGCUGAGGAAAUUAGAGAGAUUACAGGGGGAAUGGGUGUGGACUACAGUUUUGAGUGUACCGGAGUUGCAUCCUUGAUCAACGAAAGCCUUGAAUCGACGGCACUGGGGAGAGGGGUAGCAGUUAUCAUAGGAACCAGUCAAGAGGUGACUGCUUUGAUUAGUCUUACCUCAUUGAUAUGUGGUAGAACAUUGAAGGGUUCCAUCUUUGGAGGGAUCAAACCUAAAUCUGAUCUCCAAAGUAUUAUUGACAAAUGCAUCAAUGAGGAACUUCAUCUUGAUGCUCUUGUGACUCAUGAGAUUCAACUUGAAGAGAUAAACCAAGCAUUUGAGUUGUUGAAGCAACCAGAUUGUGUUAAAGUAGUAAUCAUGAUUUAAAGGGAGUCCCCUGAUGAUUGAUUGAGUACUUUAUCAGGUAAUGGUGAAUAAAUCACAACAUUAAACAUGUAUGUUUGCUUCCAAUGUUAUAUUUCAAGUUGUUUAAGUAGAAGAUACUCAAACAAGAUGAUUCACUUGUAUAUUUGUCA